AUGUCAGACUCUGAAUCAGAGACGCGAUCCACGUCUGGCUUCCGAAGCGCGAAAGAUAUAGAGCAAGGGCUGAGGGAUACCGUUGCAAACAUAUACAGAUCCGGAAAUCUCGAUGAGUUGACAGUGAAACGUGUGCGGCUGGCAACAGAGCAAAGUCUGGGAUUAGAGCAAGGCUUUCUCAAAGCCCAUGAAGAAUGGAAACGGAAAAGCGAUGAGAUAAUAAAGGAUGAAGUGGAAAUACAGGAAAAUCCACCACCAAAGCCUGCCGCAGCGCCCAAAAAGCCUCAAUUGAAGAAGCGGGCCUCCCCAAAAACACAAAAGGCUUCAACGCCUGCCAAGAAACGGAAGAAGGCACCUACAGUACCAUCAGAGGAAGAGAAUGAUAGCAUAUCUUCUGAGAUGGAUAGUGACCCAGAGCCAGUGAGCAAGAAGAAAUCAAAAGCGCCACCGGUGAAAGGGUCUAGAAGCAAAAAGGCUGCCAAAGCCAUCACCGAUUCAGAGGAAGACAAUUCGGUUCAUAGUGUUGAUGAUAACGACGGAACAUCCGAACCAGGAGCGGCAACUAAGGCAGCCAAAGUUGCGGAUGCAGAAGGGGCUUCGGAGAGCGAAAUGUCAGUGCUCAUUGACGAAGAGCCCAAACCCAAACCCAAGAGAAAAAAACCCGCCGGCCCAACCGUUGCGCAGGGUAAAGGCAAGAAGCUCACGUCAGAGAAGAAACGGAAGGAAGCUGUCCCGGAAGAUCCAGACCAGGCGGAAAUAAAACGACUGCAAGGCUGGCUAGUCAAAUGUGGAAUACGGAAAGUAUGGGGCCGUGAGCUCAUGGGAUGCAGUACUCCAAAGGAGAAGAUCCGGCAUUUAAAGUCCAUGCUCAAGGAUGCUGGUAUGGAUGGGAGAUAUUCGAUCGAAAAGGCUAAUCGAAUCCGCGAAGACAGAGAGCUCAAAGCUGACCUGGAGGCUGCUCAAGAAGGCGCGAAGAUAUGGGGAGCUAAUGUCGACGAGGAAGGGGAGUCUUCCAAGGCUGGCCGUUCAAGUCGACGGAUUGCGAAGAGCUUCAAGCAGUUGGACUUUCUUGGGCAAGAUGACCAGGACUCAGAGUCUGAUUGA